AUGGAAUACAAAACUCUAGACCUCGUUCUCAUCUCUGCAAAAGGACUUAAGAAUGUCAAACUUAUCAACGAAAUGGAUGUUUACGCGGUGGCUUUCAUCUCCGGCAGGGCUCCAAAGCUUAGUACCACUGUUAACAAGGGAGGAGGUCCGAAUCCCAUGUGGAAUUUCCCCAUGAGGUUUACGGUCGAUGAAGCCUCCGUACUUCAAAAUGAUCUGGCGCUUGUCGUCAAGAUCAAGGCCUCAGGGAUGCUCUUCCAUAGGGAUUUGGGGGAAGUCCGUGUGCUCAUAAAAGACCUCAUGGAAACCCAAGGGGAGAUGCAGGUCGUUAGUUAUCAGGUGAGAAAGCGGUCAGGGAAGCCGAAAGGGUACCUCAGUUUUUCGUUUAUAUUCAGUCAGGCGGAGGAGUCCAUGAUGGCUUGUGUUCCUGGGAUGGUGGUUGGAUCGAGCUCCACGUAUCCAGCGCCAUAUGUGGACCCUCUUCAGCCACAGGCUGGAUACGCCUAUGACCACCACCAGCAACAACCGGGGUAUGCUUAUUGCCCGCCUCCACCACCACCAGGGUACGAAUGGUACCCUCCACAACAGCCUCCGAAGAAGAGAAGUUCUGGUUCGGGGUUGGCAGCCGGUUUGUUAGGAGCAUUGGGUGGAAUGUUGAUCGGUAGUAUAGUGUCAGGUGCUGUCGGUGGUGGUGGGUGUGGUGGAGGUUGUGGUGGCGGCUGUGGUGGUGGUUGCGGUGGCGGCUGUGGUGGUGGUUGCGGUGGCGGUUGUGGUGGCGGUUGCGGCGGCUGA